AACUUUCUCUUUUGAAGUUGCGUCUUCGAAACCAACAUUAACGCACUCUUCUUUCUUUUUCGUAGGUUUUGUUCUUUUUCCGCUUGAAUUUACCUGUUACGCUACUAAAACAAAGCAGUGCAAACUUGAGAGCUUUAUUUUUUUAUUUAACAUGAGAGGAAGUCUCGAACGAGAGACGUUUGUUUGGCAACGACUAAGGUACAAUUUUUCCAGCCACUGAAGUGUGAUAAAUCGUUUCUAAACAACUGUUUUGUGCUCACAAACACUUGUGUAAGCGUAAACAAUUGUAGCACAGGUUUUGGGUCCGCUUUCUACAUCGCAGUUUUUUUCUCUCUUGGAGUACAAUUUGCUAAAGGCCUGAGUGCUUCACUUUGGCUCAUCAAAUAAUUCAAUACUGAAUAGUGCAUGUCGUUAUUUUGAUAGCAGGUGCACCUGUUUAUUGAGUUCUUCUAUCUACUGACAACCCGACCUUUUUUUGUCUCACAAUCAACGUCGUGAUAGUAGGUUUUUAACAAAGAGAUUGUAUCCUUCGGCUGUCCGCAGACUUCCAAACAAAGGAAGUUGACUUACGUGAAUUAGUAAUAGUUCGCCUCAUGUCACCACAAUUUCCGACGUAAGAAAUUCCAUGACUAAUCAGCAAAAACAUUGACAGUUUGGCCUACACUCCUUCUAGUGCUAACCAGCCGUAGUGUUUUAGAUGGUAUCGUAUCCGAUGAAAUAAAAAAAAAUGUAUUUACUUCCAUAACCAAUUUUCUAUUGAAACAAAAAAGGAUGAGGUAAAAUUUUGGCUGCCUACUUCGAUACGAUUUUUCAUCCGGGAGCGUUGCAGCAGUUUCCGCGCCGCCGCCGGUAACAUCCGAAUGCCCAGAUCUCGCCUAUAAAGGGAUUUAUAGGACCUGUUGCUGAAGAAGGAUUCAAUUGGUAGCCAACCUACACUGAGUCGUGAUUUGAUUUCAUAUCUCACCUGAGUUACUACCAGCCGACACUAAAAAAAAAAAAAAACUUACACCUUUUUAAAAUUUUCAAAAAUAAUUACUCAAUGAAAGGUGCACCUGACUGUCUAUCGGCUCGAUGUGGAAUAGAUGCCGGUUGCAGGAGAGAAUCAGACGGCUCGUUCAUCUGUAUUUGCACCCAUGAUUUAAGCCUUGAAAAUCCUGACAAGCCCUGCCCGCGGAACGUUGUGAGUUUAAACAGUUCCCAAUUUCCUGGCAAUAAUAAGGCACGUGUGACCAUCCACCGAAAUGUGUUACGCGAUGAACAUAAACUAUUGAAUAGCAUCUUUAAGGCAUCUUCAACGGAGACGCCUGAUAUUAAACAAGGCUACACUGAUGUAAAAUCUGUGAUCUUAGUUUACAUCACGCCCAUAGUUAUCGCCAUAUCGCUGAUUGGAUUGGCAAUGCUUUCAAUCCGGUUAAUCCGUUGGAUAUAUAAUUUAUUUUACUAACCUUUUUCACCUUUGUAUUCAAGCUUUUAACUUCUGAUUGUGCUAGAUAUUUCCUUGUUUGAACUCCUUGAAUCUUCAUUCAACAAGCAAAGCUUUAUGACAACUGUUUGUGACAAGUUCUUGUUGAAAGGAGAUUGAAGAUAUAAGAUUGUCAUGUAGCAGAUGUCUUUUUUAAGUAUGAAAAGCCAUCUCCUAGAAUAGCACUCCUUAACUUCAGUCAGUUUCAACAUUAUGAUACUAGUAAUUGAGGAAAUCACACGAUCUAGUUUUUGUUUCCCAACUUGUGCCAUUUUGACACCCCAACCAUACUUUUGUCUCUUUUUUAUAAAAUAACGUGGUUCUCGAAUCUGACUUGUUUACAUCUGUUACGCAGGACAUAUAAGAAAAACUUUUCUGAUAGUCGCCUCAUCUUUGCCUUUGCCUUUGCCAUUGUCCCGUCUUCGCCUUCGCCAUCGUUUCGCCGCCGUCUUCGCCAUCGU